AUGGCUACAAUUCGCUCAAUAUCGCUCGGGUCCGUGAGUGCGCUCAUUGUCGCCCUAGCCAUUCAAUAUGCUUGGGUGCAUCUGUACGUGACCGAGUACUGCUACACAGCCAUCAGGACAUUAUCGGACGACCAGCCAAGAGCCAAUUGCUUCAAAGUGUCCACUUCUGGACUAUUCAAGCAAGUAUACUCAAAGCCAGUCACCACAAUCACUACCGGAAUUCGAGAUGGAUAUGUCCUGCCAGGCCUGAUCGAUGGGCAUGGCCACAUUCUGCAAUACGGAGAGCUGCUGAACUCCGUCGACCUCUUCCAGUCGAAGUCCCUCGACGAGAUACGGGAGAGACUGAAGGAUUACAUCAAAAAGUCUCCAGAAGAAGGUACAGCAUCUUCCUGGAUUCGAGGCACAGGAUGGGACCAAGCAGCGUUCGGCGGAUCUAUGCCGACAGCGCUAGAUCUUGAUCAGGACUCUCAACUGAAAGGCAAGUACAUCAUGCUCGAUCGUGUAGACGUGCACUGCGUCUGGGUUUCCCAGGCAGUUCUAGACCUCCUUCCAAAGCCACUUCCUGACCAUGUUGAUGGCGGUGAGAUUGUCAGACAGCCAGGGCUCGGCGUGUUCUGCGACAAUGCAAUGGACAUUGUGCAAGCGGUGUAUCCCAAGCCUGGCAAAGAGAAGAAGACCCAGUGGAUAGGCAGUGCGAUGUCGAGUCUCAACUCGUUCGGCAUUGUCGGUGUGCACGAUGCUGGCGUUGCCCCCUUAGACUUGGAUCUAUACGAAGAGAAAGCGAAGACGAAAGAAUGGACGGUGCGUGUCUAUGCCAUGCUCGAGUGUGCAGUCCGCAAUACUAUCUGCCCAGAAGCUGCCAGGAAGAUCUCGACCACGAACGAUAUGUUUGCCGUUCGAAGUGUCAAGCUCUUUGCAGAUGGUGCACUUGGUAGCUGGGGAAGCGCUAUGCUUGAGGAAUACAGCGACCGGCCUGGCGAUGUAGGCUCGCUCCUCGUCAAUGCAAGCACGCUCACAUCACUGGCAAAGUCAUGGGCUGCCGCUGACUACCAGGUCAACAUCCACGCUAUCGGCGAUCGCGCAAACAAAUACACAAUCGAUGCCUUGGAAUCUGCCUUGAAGGAGGUCUGUACAGAAGAAGGUCUCUCUGUGUCAGACUGCCAAGCGACUCGACGCUUCCGAAUCGAGCACGCUCAAAUCAUCCACCCGGACGACCAAGCUCGGAUGCACAGUCUCGGCAUCAUCCCCAGCAUACAGCCAACACAUGCAACCAGCGACAUGGCCUACGCAGAAGACAGGAUCGGUAAGGCACGCACGAAGGAGGAAGCAUAUCGCAUGCAAUCUCUCAUCAAUCUACAGCCAAUCCUUGGCAGUGACUUCCCGGUCGAGCCAGCGAACCCGUUCGAAGGCAUGUAUGCCGCCGUCAAUCGCCGCUCACCGCGUACUGGUCUGGGCCGCAAUGGAGAGGAUGAAGGCUGGCAUGUCGAGGAGACUUUGACGACUAAGGAAGCACUUUGUGGCUUCACGGUCAAUCCUGCACGAGGUGCGUUCCUGGAAGGCAAAGCUGGUGUGAUACAAGAUGGCGCUUUCGCAGAUUGGAUCGUGCUUGAUCAGGAUAUUGAUAAGAGCCCGACCGAGGAGCUGAGGAACGUGAGGGUGAGGGAGACUUGGGUGGCAGGGCGGCAAGUUUAUAAGCGGGAAUAG